AUGAGAAAUAAGAAGAAGGCCUUGACUAAAGAAGAAAUAUAAUUUUACACAUAAAGAAGAUUGUAAUAUACUUAAGAUUUUUUAAAAAUGUCUUAACAAUUCGAUCCUAAGUUAAAAUAAUUAACAAGGCUUUUGAUUGCAAGAAAAUAGAUGAUGAAUAGCAAAAAUAAUUAAGCAAUGCCUUAAAGUAGAAAAUGCAAUAAAGUAUUUGCUUCAUUGACAAAGUCAUCUGAAAUACAAAAGAAAAUAGAUUAAGGAAUGUUAGCAGAAUCUUGUAAAUAUAAUUUGGAACCUAUGCCAAAAUGCAGGUAUUAUAGAGUUUUUUAUAUAGUUUUGCUUAUUCUGAUAUAUGUUCAAGAAUUUAAACUUCAAUGGUACCAAUAGUGGAGAAACUUGAUAAAAAUAUUUAAUAAAAAUUAGAUGAUUAAUAAAACCAUUAUGAAUCAGGUAGCAAAACAAAGAAAAAGUAACUGAUGAGAUCAGAUACAUUUUUUAAUGAGGAUCAGAAACCAGAGGAAUAUAUAGAUUCUAUGUAAAUAAAAAGUUGGAGAUUACACAAUAUAAUAGCUAGCAUUUCAAUAAUGUAGAGAACUAAAGCAUAUUAAGAAUAUAAUCAAAGAAAAUCUUUACAUCAUCGGCCAAUCCAUUUAUAAAUGUGUUCGAAUGAUAUAUCUGAAUAAUUAUCUUUAGAGGAUGAAGAUGAAGGUAUUAAUGGUAACUAAGAUUAUGAAAAGUUGAUAAAGUUUGAAAGAUUGAAAUUAAAAGAAUAAUUAGAGCAAGAUAAAAUAAAAAGUUAGAGAUUGGAUCAAUAUGUUUAAACAUCACUAUAAAAGCUAGGAUUAUAAAAAAAGAUGUUUUCAAUGAAGGAAUUGCAAGAAUUUAUAAAACAAUGUUAAGUUUAAACUUUAAAUGUUGUGAAUGAAUAUAAAACAGAAAGAUAAGAAUUUAAAAAUAGAAAAUCUUAAUUACUGAGUUCUUUAUUAUCAACUAAAAAUAAUACAUAUUCAAAUACAUAAUCAAGAUAUAAAAAUUUAUAUUAAGAUAGCAUAAAAUUAGAUGAAAAUAGAUUUUGCAAAACAGAAUAUAUUUCAAAUAAAAAUUCAUUUUAAAAUAAUAAUAAUAAUAAAAAUGAUUUAAUGAGGUUAGGAUAAUUAUCAUUAUUUAAUAUGAAUAAAGUUAAAUAAAGAUUUAACAAUUUACCCUAAAAAUUUAAAAAUGCUACGAAUCGUAAUUUAUAUUGA